GCCUACUUUUGUGCUCCGUUCAUCCGCGACCCCGAGCUCGUGGACAUCGGUGACGAUUGCAUCGUCGCAGGAAACGUAGCCCUCUUGACAACGUCCUUGGACCACGGCGAAAGCCACAGCAUCAAGCUGAAGUCACACGCCAUUGUCGCGAACACCGUCGUCUUGGGCCCUGGUGUGCGCAUCGACAAGCACUCGAUCGUGGGAGACGGCGUCUGUGUGCCCGCUGGCAAGGAGUUGCCCGAAAAGAUGGUGGCGGUCCGCGAUAACUCCGAUGUCAUGGCAUACAUCUUGAUGAAACGAUCGUCUGUGUCGACACCUCCUCCGCCUUCCUUCCUGGAGUACACCGUCUUCCAGUUUAUGCUUUUCAUCCUCCAGCUCCUGCUCUGCGUGGGCUUGAACGUGCCGGGUUACAUCGCUGCGGGCUUCAUAGUGGAUGCCAUGUCCAUGAUCAUGCCGGUGGAGGUUGGCACCUGGCCUUUCAUCCCGGUCUUGAUGCUGGUCAUCAUGAC